CACAGUGAGAGGAGGCGCUUAAAAAACGGCAGAAAGGAAUGGAGCCCCUGGAGAGCGGUGCACAGGCAGGGGCGCUGUGCGGCGGCAGGGCCUGGGCAUCGCCCCAGGCAACGCGGCCGGCUCCGGGGGAAGGCGAACACGAGCUGGGACAGAGGUGGGGCAAGCAGGACUGCAAGGGCGGGCGCUGAAGGAACCGCGCGGCGAAAAGGCAGCCACUGGACACCCGGCCAGCGCGGAGUCGGAAGCGGGUCUUCCGAGCCCGGCGACCGGCAGGAGCCGUCCGACGGUGACAGGCACGACACCGGGAGGGGCACGGCGGGCGACCCAGGAGGCGCGAGAAGGCCCUCUACCUGCUACUAGGGCAGUGCAGCCAAUCGCAGGCAUUUCUGCCAGCAUCUCGCCGCGAUUAACCUAGCCAAGUACUACCUCGCGCACCACUGCAGCCCCCAGCAAAUAUGGCUGACUGUGCGGCGGAAAAGCCGGAAGUAGGCGGUCCUGGGCGGGGCUUGUGGCGGGAGGGCGUGGCCAUCGCGCCAGCAUGGAUUUGCGGUCUCUGAGAAGCACGCUCCACAGCCAAUCGCGUCCGUCUGUCGCCUCGGGUGGGUCCACCAGGCUCCGCCCCCCGCCCAGGUGUUGCCCUCCAGCAAGGUGCCGGCUAAGUGUCCGAGAUUUCCCUGCGCUGCUCUGGUGGGACCCUUGUGGUUCUUUGGGCUCCGGAUAACAGCGAUGGAAGGUGCGCGGGGGGACGCCCCGGAGUCCAACUCCGCAACCCCCGAGUGUGCGGAGCCGGCUGGCUCGGGCGGCGGCCCCGAGGGGUCGACUCCCGAGGAGCGCGAGGGCGGCGCCCGGCCCCUGGAGGCGGCCCCCAAGAGACUCUGCGGGUAUUUGAGUAAGUUUGGCGGCAAGGGGCCCAUCCGGGGCUGGAAAUCCCGCUGGUUCUACUACGACGAGAGGAAGUGUCACCUGUAUUACUCGCGGACCGCACAGGACGCCAACCCCUUGGACAGCAUCGACCUCUCCAGCGCGGUCUUUGACUGCAAGGCGGACGCUGAAGAGGGGACCUUUGAAAUCAAGACCCCCGGCCGGGUUAUCACCCUGAAGGCCGCCACCAAGCAAGUGAUGCUGUACUGGCUGCAGCAGCUGCAGAUGAAGCGCUGGGAGUUCCACAACAGCCCGCCUGCGCCUCCCGCUGUGCCCGAUGCUGCCCUGGCUGGGAACGGGCCCGCCGUGCACCUCGAGCUAGAGCAAGAGGAGAUGGAGCUGGAGGAGUUCUUGUGCCCUGUGAAGACGCCCCCUGGGUUCGUGGGGGCGGCUGCUGCCUUGCAGCCUGCCCCUGCCUUGCCCUCUGCCCUUCAGAAUCUUUCCCUCAAGCACCUGGGAACUGAAAUACAGAACACAGUGCACAACAUCCGUGGCAACAAGCAAGCCCAAGGAACAGGCCACGGCUGUCCAGGGGAGGAGUCACAGAGUGGGGAGCCUCAGCGGGAGGAGCAGCCCUCGGUCCCUGACCCCAGCGCCCCAGGGAAAGAGCCGGCGGGGUCUCCAAAGCCCGCCCCCAAGUGCUCCCUGGCCGCCAGUCUCAUUCAGAAAGCCAAGCUCCAGAGCAACACCUUCCCGCUCUUUUCCGAAGGGCUCCUGCGGACCCGGACUGCGCAGGAGAAGGUGGCGGCCUUGGAGCAGCAGGUCCUGAUGCUCACCAAGGAGCUGAAGUCCCAGAAGGAGCUGGUGAGGAUCCUGCACAAGGCGCUGGAGGCUGCCCAGCAGGAGAAGAGGGCGUCCAGCGCGUACUUGGCGGCCACCGAGGACAAGGACCGCCUGGAGCUGGUGCGGCACAAAGUGCGGCAGAUCGCCGAGCUGGGCAGGCGGGUGGAGGCCCUGGAGCAGGAGCGGGAGAGCCUGGUGCACACGGCUCAGUUGCGGGAGCAGCAGGUGCAGGAGCUGCAGCUGCACGUGCAGCUGCUCAUGGACAAGAACCAGGCCAAGCAGCAGGUCAUCUACAAGCUCUCUGAGAAGGUCACCCAGGACUUCACAUACCUGCCGGACCAGCCCCCCGAGGCUGCCAACAGGGACUUCCUGAGCCAGCAGGAGAGGCUGGAGCACAUGAAGGAUGACAUGGAAGCUUUCCGGACCCAGAACCGGUUCCUCAACUCCGAGAUCCACCAGGUCACGAAGAUCUGGAGAAGCGUGGCAGAGAAGCAGAAGGCCCUCCUGACCAAGUGCGCCUAUCUCCAAGCCAGGAACUGCCAGGUGGAGAGCAAGUACCUGGCCGGGCUGCGGAGGCUGCAGGAGGCCCUGGGCGAUGAGGCCGGCGAGUGCUCGGAGCUGCUGCGGCAGCUCAUCCAGGAGGCGCUGCAGUGGGAGGCCGGGGAGGCCCCUGCCGACGGCGUGGAGCUGAGCCCCGUCAGUGAGUAUGACGAGUAUGGCUUCCUGACGGUGCCCGACUACGAGGUGGAAGACCUGAAGCUGCUGGCCAAGAUCCAGGUGCUGGAGGUGCGCUCCCACCACCUGCUGGCCCUGGAGGCAGUGGAGCGGCCGCUGCAGGAGCGCUGGGCUGCCCUGGGCGAGCUCGCCCCCUCGGCUGAGCUCAAGCAGCUGCUGCGGGCGGGAGUGCCCCGCGAGCACCGGCCGCGCGUCUGGAAGUGGCUGGUCCACCUCCGCGUCCGGCACCUGCACGCUCCCGGCCGCUACCAGGAGCUGCUGAGCCGGGGCCAGGCCUGUGAUCACCCUGCGGCCCGCCAGAUCGAGCUGGACCUGAACCGGACCUUCCCCAACAACAAGCACUUCACCUGUCCCACCUCAAGCUUCCCCGACAAGCUCCGCCGGGUGCUGCUGGCCUUCGCCUGGCAGAACCCCGCCAUCGGCUACUGCCAGGGGCUGAACAGGCUGGCGGCCAUCGCUCUGCUCGUCCUGGAUGAGGAGGAGAGCGCCUUCUGGUGCCUGGUGGCCAUUGUGGAGACCAUCAUGCCGGCUGAUUACUACAGCAAGACGCUGACGGCGUCCCAGGUGGACCAGCGGGUGCUGCAGGACCUGCUCUCAGAGAAGCUGCCCAGGCUGAUGGCCCACCUGGGGCAGCAGCAGGUGGACCUGUCCCUCAUCACCUUCAACUGGUUCCUCGUGGUGUUCGCAGACAGCCUCAUCAGCGACAUCCUGCUGCGUGUCUGGGACGCCUUCCUGUACGAGGGCACCAAGGUGGUGUUCCGCUACGCCCUGGCCAUUUUCAAGUACAACGAGAAGCAGAUCCUGAGGCUGCAGGACGGCCUUGAGAUCUACCAGUACCUGCGCCUCUUCACCAAGACCAUCUGCGACGGCCGGAAGCUGACGAGCAUCGCCUUCAACGACAUGAACCCCUUUCCCAUGAGGCAGCUGCAGCAGCAGCGCGCGGCGCACCGCGAGCGCCUGGAGGCCGAGCUGCGGGAGCUGGAGCGGCUGAAGGUGGAGUUCCUGGAGAGGCAGGCAUCCUGCGCCCGCGCCGCGCCCGAGGCCUGUGCCAUCGACGACGACGCGGACGGGGAGGCCUGACGCCGCCGCCCUCCCGCCCAGAGUCUUCCCCACGCCCAGCCCAGGGGACCUGGGAGCCCCAGCGUGCUGGGAGCCAGCCUGGCCCUAGGGCUCCUCAUCAGGACCUUGUCUGGGUCACCUGCACACGGGCGCUCCCCGGGGAUGCCCCCCGACAUUGUCCCCGCACAGAGCACGCCAGCCUGCAGACGCGCCAUUACGUCCCUAUAAAACAGCAUCCGAGUUGG